CAACUGCAGGCCCAGUCCCAAUGUUCCAUUGCUCUCGCCAACGUCAAGGAUUUUUCUCGACGGUGCCGAAUCGUUCAUCGCGCCUGUGCGACCCUCCAUUCUGUCCCGUCAGAUUAUUUGCCAGACCCUCGUCUCCCAAGACACCGAGACUCUCUCACUCUCACUCUCUCUCUCUCGCGCACUCUCUCAUGAGUCACUUUGGACGCUUUCUGUUCCCUUUCAGCAAAUGCUGCCGCCCCAUCGGGCUGCUAUCGCAAAUGAGACACAUUUCCCAACUUCGUUUCGGCGGCUUUGGACCAACCACAAGCUAAGCAUCUCCAUAGAAAUGUGGAAUAGCAACAUCGUGCAGGACAUUGGAUGGGACGAUACGUCUCUUGCGGACGACGACUACCUAAACAAGAAUCAACACAAUCCCAUCCAGGCGCCGUCUUGUUUCCAGCUCUCGCCUUCCCCGAGCCGGCCUCGAAUCUUGGUCCAUACAGUCCCCCUCAUUUUCUCAUACCGCAGUCAAUCUUACUCUAGCCACCUAACUGUUGACCUGCCUGCUAUGUAUCGCCGUCACAUCCAACACACUCAACCGACGUCUGGCCGGCCGUCCACCACUCUGGCACUCUGUCUCGGCUCCCGCCAUAGGUCGACAAUUUAUCUCACCUCCACAAUCCCUGAUCAGUUGGUGACGGCACAAUGCUACAGACGACGGACCAGGGUCUUAAUUCUCGACUGCAAAAGAAUACCUGAGUCCCUGACUUCUCUCGUUCUCGAAUCCCGUCGCCCCGCUUUUGUUUGCUUUACCAAGGUUCCCUCUUGGACUCGCCGCUCUCGCAGCUCCCUGCAACCUCGGUCCUCGAUUUUGCUCCAUUUCAACUCUUGAUCCUGCGCCUUUCAUCCCCGCUCGCCCAAAGUCGCCCCUGCCUACUACGUCGGAGGAGACCAAGAUGUGCCGCAUUUGCCAUGACACUCGACGCGUCGGCCGUGUCAAUUCAUUUUGGAUCUGGCGAGACGGCCUCCUAACACGAAUAGCAGUUCGGCUGGCGGCCCAGAGGUUC